AUGUCUGUGCGCGGAGGAUUUGUGACCUACUUCAUCCUCUUGAUGGCCAUCGUGUAUGCAACGCUGGCAUCCGAUAUCAUAGCUCAUGUCAGUAGCACACACGAUGAGGUAUGUUAUGAUGGCUGUAAAAAACAUGGUCGGAGUUAUUACUAUUGCCACACAAAAUUAGGCUGGGACUACUGUUCUCCCUCGCUAAACCUGGACUACUAUGGAAAAACUUGCAAGACAGACCAUCUGUGCGCCAAGCAUGGAUACGAAUACUACUGGUGCUACAACAAUGCUGGCAGCUGGGGCUAUUGUGGACCUGUUGAAAGGAAACUCACACGGUACACAUCCUCCACGUUAAAGAAACUGUGCUUAGAUGACUGUACUUACAAUACUCGGAAAGAAUAUUUCUACUGCUAUACGAGUACAAAUGGUGAAUGGGACUACUGCUCUCCUGUUCCUAACGUAUCCUCUCAAAACGAAAUCUGCAAUGUUGACGACCCUUGCGGUUUCCACGGUGAAGAUUACUAUUGGUGCAUAAUUGGUAACAGUUGCGGUUAUUGCGGCUUAGUUGAUUGGGAGAACUGCCAAGGUAAGGCGUUUCGGAAGCGUGCUCUCCUAGCUGAUGAAGAAAAACGAACUUGCUUUGUGGACCAGAUAAAUAACAUAGAAGUUAACUAUAUUAUAAGUGAAAACACAGCUAUAGCAACUUUGAGACCAAAUCAUUCACAACGUAAAAGUGCAGAGGAACGCAUUAAAACAUAUUCCGAUGGUACACUGACAGAAAAUCGAGGAACUAUGAAGAAAAACCACGGCCGGAGUGACUGGCGCCUUGACAUGCAAGGCUUAACGUCCCCCGGUGAAGACGGUCAGCAAUACUACAACCUUCAACUACAGUUAAAUAUACCACGAAACAACGCAAAGCAACGUACCACCUAUGCUAUUGUAUUGGUCCCUGUUCGGGAUUCUACUAAUGUUAAAUAUACUGGAGAAGAGCGCAUCCGUGAUGCACUUCGGACAAGUUUAACAGAAAAGAAACAAAUCAAGAUAGAAGUGAGGAAAAGGCCGCGACGUAAGUCGUGAAUAAAAAGUCAGCUGUGUAAUUAAUUAUUAAUUUCUUAAGUUUUCUAUGGGUUUUCUUACAUCAUCAUUGUGUAUUAACACCGGUCGUCGUCAUUUUGCCGUCCUUCAUCAGUUCAUCGUAAGGUCUCAUAAAAAAAUAAAGCAUCCACGGUUUUAGAGAUUUUUGGGUAUCUCGCUGGAUACAGGUGGAUAGAACUAACAGUUGAAGGAUUUUUGGAGGAAAUUACGAGCGGACGAUUAUAUUCAAUAGAGACUUUAAGAUUGACGUUUACGGCAAACUUCAAAUCGUAUUUUGAAAUCAACUGCUAUAGCUGUUCGAAGUUAGGGCAAUUUGCGCACUAAAAUUUGAGCAUCAAUUAGCUACUGUUUAAUAGCUGUCGAAAUUGUAGGCCUUACUCCCAGCCGUAAACAUCAAUCUUAAAGUCCCUAAUUUUACACCUAACCAGGAGCAGUUGCGAAAAAUGCAACUAUAGGCCCUGUGACAGGAAUCGUGAUUCCGGUGCAGCGCUCAAACUGACUGAGCUACAGAGCCCAGUUGUCGACCUCUAACCACAAGUUCUUGUACAUAUUUAGUGCAUGGGUGAUGUAAGAUAUGGGUAAAUAUCGGGAUUCUUUGGGAUCUCGCUCGAUAGAACAGUUAAAGGAAUAGAUAGAUACAGUUAUAGAAUUGAUAAAACAGUUAUAGAAUUGUAUAAUCUUCUGAUCGAAAUUUCCAUCUACGAAACUCCUUCAACUGCUUAAUUUUAGCCAAUCUAAAAGUUUAAAGGUGACGUAAAGUCCGUUCUGCGCAUACGUUCAGUUCUGCGCAGGCCUAUACAUUCCAAUGGUCGGAACCCGGCCAUUGGAAUGUUGUUAAUAUUUCCCACCUUUCGAACUUUUUGAAUUGAAUCUCUAGUCUCUAUUAAUUUACAAGCAUAGCGAACCAGAAGAGUGUUAAAAAUUCAGUAUAAUAUAUAUCUAAUCAUAUUUUACAACUGUAGCACUGAGUUAAAAAUGUAAACAAAGCGUUUGUUUACAUUACGGACUUUACAUCACCUUUAAAUUUCCUUUAUCUACCUCUUUUGAAGGUUGAGCGAUUGUAAUUCGUGUAGUUUUAUUCACAGGAUUAUUCAAUAUACCCAUGGCAGCCGCCGUACCGCAUAUGCACGGCACUUGAAGCUCUUAACGGAGCUAUAGGUUUUAAAGUGGGGUGAGGUGCUUAUUAUAGACAAUCUCAGUGAUAUACUGUAAAGAUUUCUUGACAAUAGAUUAAAACAAGUACAGGUAGAUUGUUAUAACUUAUUGGAUUCUUCUGAGCCCAAUUCAAAUGCGAAUUAGAUUCUUCUGGCCGCAAUUUGAUACAAUAACUUUUCAACCAUGAAAACAUUGAUAGGCCAAAAAUUAAGCAAAAAAAGGUUACAGAACUAAGAUUUCCAGCUACUAAAGGUGGCCAUAUAUGUUGGCAACCUAACCCCCCAUUUAAAGAACGAAAAAAGUAUUUAUUGAAUAAAAC